AUGGCACCCAGGUCGCUGCGGCCAACAGGUCACAAAGCUGCAGCAACAGCAGCCACGCUCUUCCUGCUAUCAACGUCGGUCCUCGCACUCCCACAGCUCCGCGCCCGUGCUCUCAUCGGCCCAGAAGACCUCAGAGAUGCAUAUGACUACAUCAUCAUCGGCGGCGGCGCGGCUGGACUGACGGUAGCGGACCGGCUGAGCGAGGAUGCCGACACCACCGUACUGGUCAUCGAGUCUGGCGCCCUAUCAAACUCGGACCAGAUCAACCUCGUCCGCGAUAGCCUCACCUGGUUCACCGAUCUGAGCCUGUUCCACCUGCUCAACACCCAGCCCAACCGCGAGCUCAACAACAUCUCGACGCUCGCCUUUGUGGGCAACGUCGUGGGGGGCAGCUCGGCGGUCAACGGGAUGCAGGCCCCCCGGGGCACAAAGGACGAGUACAAUCGCUGGGCGGAGGUGUAUGGAGACGGCGGCGAGGGGUGGGGAUGGGAGGGGAUGCUGCCGUACUUCAAGAAGGGAACGCAUCGGCAAACACCUUCUCAGGCCUCGCUUGACGUCAUGCCAUACUUCAAAGCUAAUCCAUCUGAAUAUUGGGGCCAAGAGGACUCAACUCGGGUGUACACUGGCUGGCCAACCUUUCAGUUCCCCGGCGUCAAGUACCAGAUCGAAGCACUGGCACAAGUGCCUGGGGUGAAGUUCCCAGAGGACGCAGGUGCCGGUGAAGCGGGCGUUUACUGGUAUCCGAGCUUUUGGGAUGCCGUGAUAGUCGAUGGCGAGGGUUCAUUCAACCGAUCGUAUGCAAAGACUGGCCAUUGGGAUGGUCUCGACAGACCCAACUAUGAUCUUCUGACGAACAGCGUCGUCACCAAGAUUGAAAUCGACGCAGGCAAUCGCGCCUGUGGAGCGACUUUCCGCGGGCGGUACGACAACUCGACCACGCCGGACUUGAAGGCUGUCAAGGCGAAGAAGGAGGUUGUCCUCUCUGCAGGCACUUAUCACAGCCCACAGAUUCUGCAACUCAGUGGCAUCGGACCCAAGAAGCUGCUAGAUGAGGCGGGUAUCGAGGUCAAGGUCGACUUGCCUGGCGUUGGGCAGAACUUCCACGACCACACUUCUUUAAAUUUGACAUAUGCUUACAAGAACUUCACCCUCCGCCCCAACCGGCGGGACGACAUGGUUGGGCAGAACCCUGAGUUCCUGGAAUGGGCCGACGAGCUCUGGGCCGCCAAUCAUACCGGCCCGUGGUCGCGCUACCUAUUUAACGUGGGCGCCUGGCUCCCGCUGACCGUCAUGGCACCAGACGAGUACGAGUCACUCGCAUCGCAGGUCGACGCGCAAGCGGCCUCCCCAGAGACGGUGGCAUCACUGCUCCCCAACGGCCAGGACACAGAUCCCACCGUCGUCGCGGGCCACGCCGCGCGGCUCCAGGCCAUGGCCUCGUCGAUUCGCAACCCCAACGUCAUCUUCUACCAGCAGGGGUUCACGGGGGACGAGCCGAACUUCUACAUCACCUACGAGAACCCGCUCAGCGCGGGCGAGAUCAACAUCAACACCACGGACCCCUCGGGCCCGCCGGUCAUCGACUGGCGCACGUACAGCAACCCGGUCGACUUUGACAUCCUCAUCGCCAUGGCGCGCUUCCACCGCAAGCUCAACCUCGAGUCCCCCGUGUACGCCGAGUUCCUGCCCGAGGAGACGGGGCCCGGUCUGGACGUGCAGACCAAGGAGCAGUGGGUGACCUGGAUCCGCAAGGAGACACAGCCCAGCGCCAUGCACCCUACAGGGUCGUGCGGGAUGAUGCCCCGCGAGCUGGGCGGCGUGGUGGAUGCGGAGCUCAAAGUGUAUGGCGUGCAAGGGCUGCGGGUGGUCGAUGCGAGUGUGCUGAACUUGCUGGUUGGGACGAAUAUUUGCCAGACCGUGUAUGCGGUUGCGGAGCGGGCGGCUGAUCUGAUCAAGGGAGUGAUCUGA